AUAGCUUAUAUCGUUUUGUGUUCGGGCGGUCGUCUAGCGCCUGUUAAAAGAAUAGACAAAAGGCCUUAACGUUAUGAGUGUAGUAAGAAGAAAUAGUAAAAAGUCAAGGGAACCGAAUCCAUUUAGAUUAUCUUUUAACGGAUUUAUUGGAAAAGCAGAAACGACUUUCAAGAGAUUUUCUAAAUCAAGAACCUCACUAAGCAAGGCCAAUUCAGAAAGUUGCAUCAAUAGACUACAGAGCUCUUCUGCAUGGAAAAAUAGGAAUCAUAGUGUAUCUGGUAGUGGCUCUAAACUCCCUGAUUGUGUAGUUGUAGAGGAUGAUGAUGAAUAUGAUGUGCCUACAGUUAAAGCCGACUCCAUAUCUAGUCAAUCUGUUUUGGAUUUACGUGAAGAAUCAGGUGCGCCACCCUAA